AUGUAAUCAGAAGUUGCGUAUAAAAUACUCAUCUGUUCAGAGAAAAAUCCCAGUAAGAGAAACCAGACAAAAACCGGCAAUCAGCAUGUCUCUCGAUCCAGAGAAGAGGACUUGUAUAAAACAGCUUGAAGCAUGAUCUGACUUCGUUACCCACAGAUGGCACUGCAGUACCUGAUUACACUACAUUACAUUGAUUUCUCAGCCUUGAUAAAGACAGCAAGAGCCCUGGUCCUCAUAAUAUUUCACGGAAACUUUAACAAGCCUGAGAGCAGCUGAGUGGUAUUUCUAUUAUACAUUUAACUGGCAGUUUUACCUUCUCGACAACAACUGUUUGAUUUCCAUGGAGUCUCAAUGAUUCCCAUUUUCACAAACAACUGGGAGAACGUUCAAAACUUUCAGGCCAGACCGGAUGAUAUACUUAUUGCAACAUAUCCCAAAGCAGGAACCACAUGGGUCUCCCAGAUUCUUGACCUGCUGUAUUUUGGUCAGACAGAGCGACAGAAAACCAUCCCUAUCUUUGAGAGAGUGCCCUUCCUGGAGAUUGCCGUUCCACAUUUGGUUUCAGGAAAAGACCUGGCAGACAAGCUGCCCACCACCCCUCGACUCAUUAAGACUCAUUUUCCUGUCCAGUUUGUGCCAAAGUCCUUCUGGGAACAAAACUGCAAGAUUGUCUAUGUAGCCCGCAAUGCAAAGGACAACAUGGUGUCUUUUUUCCAUUUUGAUCGCAUGAAUAUUGCUCACCCAGAGCCUGGCGACUGGAGCAACUACAUCCACAGAUUCAUGGAAGGAAAAAUGGUGUUUGGCUCCUGGUAUGACCAUGUGAAUGGCUGGUGGAAGAAGAAACAGACUUACUCAAACAUUCACUACAUGUUCUAUGAAGAUAUGAUUGAGGACACUGAACAGGAAAUAGACAAACUCUGUAGCUUCCUCAGUUUGUCCCAUUCAGCUGAGGAGAAGAAAAUGAUUGCAGGUGGAGUCCAGUUUGAUAACAUGAAAAAGAAUGAGAUGACCAACUAUUCCACGUUCUCCAUUUUAGAUUUCAAGAUUUCUCCCUUCAUGAGAAAAGGGAAGGUUGGUGACUGGAAGAACCACUUCACCGUUGCUCAGAAUGAAGUGUUUGAUGAAGACUACAAGAAGAAGAUGAAAGAUCCCACACUUCAGUUCCGCACUGAAAUUUGAACAGAGGCAGGCAUAUAGUAUGCAAAAAGGGUCACUGAUUGACUUUAUCUAAAACUUUAACUAAAUCAGUGUGCUUUAUAUUAUUAAUCACAAAUUAAAAGGCAUUUCAUGUUUGAAAGUGAAUAUUUAUGUCACUACAAACAAAAAAAAUAUUGGACAUUACCAGUAACACUGUACUGCAAUACUGAAACUAAAGUUGGUGUACACAUUGUCUAAAGUAUAAAGUAAUACGAAAGUUUACUUUAAAGUUUUUUACUAAGUGCUAACAGCCCAUUUUUUAUUCUCUGUGUGUUACAUGUGAGGCAUAAAAAAAUAAAAGGUAAUGA